AUGCGUGUAAUGUAUACAACACUCGACACCUUUCCAAUUACUACCACUUACUUCAUUAUGACACAAGAGGCAGCAGAGUUACUGGACGCUUUGAAGCUGAUCAACGAGGCAGAGAAACAAGCAUCGAACCUUGAAAAAAUGCUAGACGAUCUCGACCGCAAGAUGGAUUACUUGCUUGAGGCCAUGGCUGACAACAAGCACGAAGCAGACAAGGAGACAUCUGAAGAAGCCAAGGAGUGA